GGAUUUUUUUUCCCCCUUCACUCUUCUGCAGCAAACAAAGAACAAGAUGGAAAAGUCAUUGUGCAUGUUGGCUGCAGUGCUUUUUCUGGGACUUUUCUCACACGGAGCCGCAGCACUGAUAAACGACCCAGCAACGACUGAGAGUUAUGCAUUAAUCAACUCCACAACUAUAAGCCUGACUGUGAAUUGGACCAAAGCUGUGACUGUGAAGGAAGAGAGCAGGGACGGAGCAAUUCCAGCAACAGAAGAGCCACAGUUAUUCACCACCACUGUCAGGGACAAACAGUUCGACACCACGGACAUCAGCAAAGAGAGAAAGAGAGAAGAAAUAAUUAAGAAAGAGAAAGACCCAAGUGACCGCAAGACUGACGAUGGCAAAACAAAUCUGGACUGUCCGCCCCUCGGCCUGGAGUCCCUGCGGGUUGAUGACAACCAGAUUCAAGCCUCGUCCUAUCAGCGGACGGGUUUGGGUCCUCACAGGGGGCGGCUGAAUAUCCAGUCUGGCAUUGAGGAUGGGGACCUGUAUGAUGGCGCUUGGUGUGCCGAGUAUAAGGACCGGCACCAGUGGCUUGAGGUGGAUGCCAUUCAUCUGACUCUGUUCACUGGAGUCAUUCUGCAGGGCCGAAACUCCAUCUGGAGUUGGGACUGGGUCGAAACCUACAAAGUUCAGCUGAGUAAUGACUCUGUAACCUGGCAUACCUCCAUGAAUGGAACACAAGAAGCGAUAUUUGAAGGGAACCAGAAUCCUGAGACCCCAGUUCUCGGGCUCCUUCCUGUUCCCACUGUUGCCCGUUUCAUCCGCAUCAACCCACAGACCUGGUACUCCAACGGGACCAUCUGCCUCAGGGCUGAAAUACUUGGCUGUCGUGUUCAUGAGCCAUCUGACAUCUACUCAGAGCAUGAAUCAGGAUCUAAGGACGCCCUGGACUUCAGACACCACAACUACAAAGAGAUGAGAAAGCUCAUGAAGUCUGUGACAGAGGAGUGUCCGGACAUCACCCGCAUCUACACUAUAGGGAAGAGCUACAUGGGCCUCAAACUCUACGUCAUGGAGAUCUCAGAUAACCCAGGCAAACAUGAACUCGGGGAACCAGAGUUUCGCUACGUGGCAGGAAUGCAUGGAAACGAAGCUCUUGGCCGAGAGCUUGUCCUAAACCUCAUGCAGUAUAUGUGCAAAGAAUACAAAAGGGGCAACCAGCGUAUUGUACGGCUGGUCACUGAGACGCGAAUCCACCUCUUGGCGUCCAUGAAUCCAGAUGGAUAUGAAGAGGCUUAUGUGAAGGGCUCAGAACUGGCUGGGUGGGCUGAGGGACGUUACAGCUUUGAAGGAAUCGACCUGAAUCAUAACUUUCCAGACCUGAACAACAUUAUGUGGGACGCCCAAGAGAAGGCAGCAGAUCAGUCCAAAGUGCCCAACCACUACAUCCCCAUCCCAGAGUACUACACCAAGGAAGACGCCACAGUUGCACCAGAGACACGUGCCGUCAUCAGCUGGAUGCAGGACAUUCCCUUUGUGCUCAGUGCCAACCUCCAUGGUGGAGAGUUGGUUGUUACCUAUCCCUUCGACUGCACCCGUGACUGGGCCCCACAGGAAGACACGCCAACAGCAGACAAUGCCUACUUUCGCUGGUUGGCCUCCGUCUACGCCUCAACUCACCUGGUGAUGGCCAACCCAGACCGGCGUAUCUGUCACUACGAGGACUUUCAGUCACACAACAACAUCAUCAACGGCGGAGCCUGGCACACUGUUCCCGGCAGUAUGAAUGACUUCAGUUACCUGCACACCAACUGCUUUGAGGUGACCGUGGAGCUGUCCUGUGACAAGUUUCCUCAUGUCAGUGAACUCCCCAUCGAGUGGGAGAACAACAAGGAGUCUCUGCUGGUUUACAUGGAGCAGGUUCACAGAGGGAUCAAAGGUGUGGUCAGGGAUAAGCUCACCAAAAAAGGAAUAGCAGAUGCAAUAAUCAAGGUGGAGGACCACGACCACGACAUCCGAUCAGCUGCUGAUGGGGACUACUGGCGUCUUCUGAACCCAGGCGAGUACAAGGUGAUUGUUUGGGCUGUGGGUUACUUCCCAGCCAUGCGACGGUGCAAUGUAGGCAUGGAGCCAAAUCCCACCAUCUGUGACUUCACCCUCAACAAAACACCUAUCAAGAGGCUGAAGGAGAUCAGAGCCAAUGGAGGGAAGAUCCCACAGGACCUUCAGCUGCGUAUUCGAGCACUGAGGCUCCGUAAACUACGGGCUAGCACCAAGGCCAUCAACCGCCGCAGGGAGAGUCAGAUGAGAAGAGCUCAAUCCCCUCAAGCCUGGAAAGUAUGAGAGGUGACAGGCUGAAGAAGUAAUGCUCAACCUGAUGGAACUGCCCUCUGGGACAAAAUUACAUUUCUGCUGUUAAAGGAGCUCACCUGGUUAACAAAAGUAUUUCCCAAAUAUCUGAACACAGGCUUUAUGUCUCUCAUGCUGCUCCACCACUGAAAUCUCAGCUUUAACACGCAUCACUGUAUUUCAGGAUGGUGACCCUUCAGGCUAAGACAGGCACACAAACUCUUAGAGACAAUAUUCUUACAGAACAUGCUUUCAAACUGGUCCAAUUAUUUAAUAAUGCUAUGCAAAACAGAUACUAAAUGAUGAAUGUACUGUUUUCUUCUUUUGUACACUAACUGAGUUGAGGAUUUCAGUGUCAGCUGGCCUGAUGUCAUAUUUUUUUUGUUGUUGGUUAUU